GCCGCCCCGAGUGGCCCGCCGUGGGCGCCCGCCGGCCGGGCUGCACCGCGCCAUGUCCACCCCUCCGCUGGCGGCGUCAGGCAUGGCGCCCGGGCCCUUCGCCCCGGGGCCGCCGGCGCCGCAGGCCGCGCGCGAGGUGAACACGGCGUCGCUGUGCCGCAUCGGACAGGAGACGGUGCAGGACAUCGUGUACCGCACCAUGGAGAUCUUCCAGCUGCUCCGGAACAUGCAGCUGCCAAAUGGUGUCACGUACCACACGGGCACGUACCAAGACCGGCUGACGAAGCUGCAGGACCACCUGCGCCAGCUCUCCAUCCUCUUCAGGAAGCUGCGGCUGGUCUACGACAAGUGCAACGAGAGCUGCGGCGGGAUGGAUCCCAUUCCUGUGGAGCAACUGAUUCCCUACGUGGAGGAAGAUGGCUCGAAGAGCGACGAUAGGGCCGGCUCGCUCCGCUUCGCUAGUGACGAGAGGCGAGAAAUUGCCGAAGUAAAUAAGAAACUCAAACAGAAGAAUCAACAGCUGAAGCAAAUUAUGGAUCAAUUACGAAAUCUCAUCUGGGAUAUAAACGCCAUGCUGGCGAUGAGGAACUAGACUGAUACUGGAAUUCCCUGUGCUUUCCAUGUUGCAUCGUUGUUUUUCCCUCAAGUAUUUUUUCACUUUGAAAAAGAUUAUUCAUCUGCUCUUAUUUUAGUCCCUGGAACUAAACUUCCUAUUUUUUUCAUUGAAGUUUUGCCUUAAAGUAUUCAUUAACUUUUUGUUAUAUUGUAAUUUUGAUGGCAUUUGUGUUUUGAUUAUCUUCAUGAAUUGAAUAAUGGCUUUUAAAAACAAAGGUUUGUAAAUAAAUUUUUUUUAAUUUGACCAGUAGUUUUGCUAAUUACAAUUACCCUUUUACAAGAAAAUGUAUUUUUUACAGAUGCAAAUAUCUACAAUUCAUUUGCUGUACAAUUAAAAUUAAAGAUAUGUUACCAUUUCAACUCAAUGUUUUAAAUUCAGUUU